AAAAAAAAAGCAACUGCAAAUAAGGCUUUUCUUGUUUUGUUUGUCUUUGUUUUAAGGAAGAAAUGUCAUCCGCAAAAAGAAGUCUAAAACGGGAAAUAAUUUCUGAACUCCACUGUUCCGCUGCAGAAGGAGAUGUUGCCAGGUUGGCAGGGAUACUCAGUCAUUCUCCAUCCCUGCUCAACGCAGCCUCUGAAAAUGGCUGGACUGCCUUAAUGUAUGCGGCAAGGAAUGGGCAUCCUGAUGUUGUCCAGCUUCUGCUUGACAAAGGAUGUGACAGGUCACUUGUCAAUAAAUCAAGGCAAACUGCGCUGGAUAUCGCUGUAUUUUGGGGUUAUAAGCACAUAGCUAACAUGUUAGCUAAUGCAAAAGGCGGGAAGAAGCCUUGGUUCCUAACCAACGAAGUAGACGAAUGUGAAAAUUAUUUUAGCAGAACACUGCUGGACCGGAAGAGUGACAAAAGAAAUAACUGUGACUGGCUGCAAGCUAAAGAGAGCCACCCGGCCACAGUUUAUAUCCUGUUCUCAGACUUAAACCCCCUGGUUACUCUGGGUGGUAACAAAGAGAGUUCGCAGCAGCCGGAAGUCAGGCUCUGCCAGCUGAGCCACACAGAUGUAAAGGAUUACUUGGCACAGCCUGAGAAGAUUACCUUGGUGUUCCUCGGAGUAGAACUUGAGAUGAGAAAAGGAUGGCAUGAUAACGCUGAGGGAGGGCCGGUGGAAGACCAGGAUGGUUUGGUUGCUUGGUUUGCCCUCGGCAUCGAACCUGUCGCCGCUGAAGAGUUUAAGCAAAGACACGAAAACUGUUAUUUUCUUCACCCUCCGAUGCCGGCUCUUCUGCAGUUGAAAGAAAAAGAAGCCGGGGUUGUAGCUCAAGCACGAUCUGUUCUCGCGUGGCAUAGUCGAUACAAGUUCUGCCCAACCUGUGGCAGCGCCACUAAAAUCGAAGAAGGUGGCUAUAAAAGAGUGUGCUUAAAAGAGAACUGUCCUAGUCUCCAUGGCGUCCACAACACAUCUUAUCCAAGAGUUGAUCCAGUAGUGAUCAUGCAGGUUAUCCACCCGGACGGAACCAAAUGUCUUCUAGGCAGGCAAAAGAGAUUUCCUCCAGGCAUGUUUACUUGUCUCGCUGGAUUUAUUGAACCUGGGGAGACAAUAGAAGAUGCUGUGCGGAGAGAAGUAGAGGAGGAAAGCGGAGUCAAAGUUGGCCAUGUUCAGUAUGUCUCUUGUCAGCCAUGGCCAAUGCCCUCCUCCUUAAUGAUUGGUUGUUUAGCUGUGGCGGUGUCUACAGAAAUUAAAGUUGACAAGAAUGAGAUAGAGGAUGCCCGAUGGUUCACUAGAGAACAGGUUGUGGAUGUUCUUACCAAAGGGAAGCAGCAAGCAUUCUUUGUACCACCAAGCCGAGCUAUUGCACAUCAGUUAAUCAAACACUGGGUUGGAAUGAACCCCAAUCUGUAAAUGAAAAAUACUAGCAUCUGCUGGAGUAUUAUUUAAUUUUAAUACUACUUAUUUCUCAAAUAAGAUUAGAUAUAUUUUUUGAUCUUUAAAACCUAUAACAUAAAAUUUGGAGGCCUCAAAAAUAUUUUAAAUGUUCUUUCCAUUAUUAACUACAAAAUUCACAGUUUUGUAAAUUAGAAAUGAUGCCUCAACCUGUAAACAUUUUUGUAAUGCUUCACAAUUUUAUCUUGUAAAAUGAACUGUAUUUGUACAAAGAAAGAUCAUGUUGGAAUGAAGCAUGCUCUAGAAAUGGG